CAAUAAGGUGAUCGAAAUUAACCCCUAUUUACUGGGCACCAUGUCAGGCAGUGCAGCGGACUGUGUGUACUGGGAACGCAAGUUAGCCAUGCAUUGCAGGAUUUACCGGCUGCGGAACAAGCAGCGAAUCUCGGUUUGUGCAGCCUCCAAACUGCUGGCCAACAUGGUGUCUGAGUACAGAGGAAUGGGCCUCUCCAUGGGCACCAUGGUCUGUGGCUGGGACAAGAAGGGCCCUCAACUGUACUACGUGGGUGAUUCAGGUAUGAGACUCUCUGGGGAAAGGUUCUGCACAGGGUCGGGCAGCACCUACGCCUAUGGUGUUCUGGACAGUGGACACAGACAGGACAUGGAGGUGGAGGAGGCCUAUCAGUUGGCACAGAGAGCGAUCUACCAUGCCACGCACCGCGAUGCCUACUCUGGGGGCAAAGUGAACAUGUAUCACAUGCGAGAGGACGGCUGGAUUAAAGUUUCGCAGGAGGAUGUGGGUGAUCUUCACUACAAGUACGCAGCGGAGUGAGAGAGGGAGCCGGGGGUCACUCGGUCAGACCCCCUCCAGUGGGGCUCUGUGAGGUUGAAGUAUCAUCACUGACCCACUGAUUUGCAAUGAAGUGGACCUGGUUAUGGCGUCCGCCUGUCUCAACUGAUUAAAGCUUUGUUUCAAACACA